UUCACAGUGAAAACACAUACAACUACUAACUGCUGUACAAUUACUAGAGCAUUUUUUUUGUUUUUUGCCUUGACGUAAAACGCUUGACCCAGACAUCCCCACAGCAGAGUAUCUGCAGAGAACAUCAUUCCCCCUCAACAAGAGAUAAUAACUAGUAAUACACUGAAAUAAGGAUCCAGACAUAAUAACGCUUAGCUGUUUCCUCAACGAUGAAACCCAAAACAGAUCUUGUUUUGCGUAGCAACUAUGAUAAAUACUCAAAGGAUGGUUACGGUACUAUUGGAAGACCCAUCACUUUAUUGUCCAACUUUUACAGAAUCGAGAACCUUCCCAAUGAUACCAUUUAUCAAUAUCAUGUUGUAAUUGGAGACGGUACACGUGUUCCUAGAAAGCUUGUAAACAAGAUUUGGAAUUCUGAGGAUGUGAAGAAGUUUUUGAAAAAGUCUUGGAAAAACUGUGUGUUUGAUGGACGCAGUCUUUUAUUCUCCAAGGACAAGAUUGAGGAUGGAGCAACGGACGUUGUCGUGGAUCCUGACCGUCCUGAACGAAAAGUGGCUUUCGCCAUUCAAAGAACAAGUAACAUCAACUUGGAAACGGUGACUCAAUUUGUACAAUCUCGCUACAGUCUUGAUCCCCAAGUUUUGGGAGGUAUUAUGUUCCUCGAUUUACUGUUAAAGAAGACACCUAGCGAAACUUUGUAUGGCUUCAACCGCUCCUUCUUUACGGGAAAUCGUCCUUAUCAACUUGGCGGCGGUUUGGAUGCCUGGAAGGGUUUCUAUCAAUCUAUUCGACCUGGACAGGGUUUUAUGACCGUCAAUAUUGAUGUUUGUACUAGCGCUUUCUGGCGUGAAGAUUCUUUACUUCGUGUUUUGCUUGACUAUACCAAUCGUCAUCAUCCAAAUGAUUUGGAGAGAAUGCAACUUGCGGCAAUCGGUCGUAGAUUCCGUCUUCUUAAGGUCACAUGUCAACAUCGUAACAAUGCCGGUACUGCAUUGAGCAAGAAACAGUAUUCUAUUGAACGUUUCUCUAGCGGCAGCGCCUUGGAUGAAACUUUCCUACGUCGUGUACCUAAUUCUGACAAAGAGGAACGCAUCUCUGUUGCUGAUUACUUUUUGGAGCACCAUAAUGUCCGGUUGGAAUUUCCUAACCUGCCUUGUGCCAUCAUUAAGAAUGGCGCUAAGCUGCCACUUGAACUGUGUUACAUUGUGAAGGGUCAACGCUACAGCGCAAAACUGAAUAGUAACCAAACUGCACAAAUGAUUCGUUUUGCUUGUCAGCGUCCUCAUGAGCGUGUCAAGGAUAUUGAACAAUUUGUUCAUUCGUCAGCAUGGGACAAGGAUCCCAACUUGAAGGAAUAUGGCAUGAGAAUUUCACGAAACAUGCUUGAUGUACCUGCACGAAUUCUUGAUGCACCCCGCAUUAUGUAUCAUGAUGAUUAUGAACAUCCUCGUGACGGUCGUUGGAACCUUCGAGGAAAGCGAUUCCUUAUCACUCCCGACAGACCCGUACGUUCUUGGGCAGUGGUUUGUUUCUUGCCCACAAGAAUUCUGCCCAACAAUAAAAUUGAGAAUUUCUUGAGAACGUAUGUGAAUACCCUUACUGGUUUGGGAAUCAGUUUUGAGUGCAAGAAUCCUCGCAUUUAUCGUCAAGAUCCUCGUGGUAAUUUGGAAGGUCUUUUAGGAGACGUGAUUAAGAAGACUGCCGACUUUCACAGGGCCACUCCUGACUACUUGUUCUUCAUUCUGGAUUCUAAUUCACCUGAGCCGUAUGCGACAAUUAAACGACUUUGUAAUACCAAGUUUGGUAUUCCUAGUCAAUGUGCUUUAAGAAAGCAUAUUGAAGGCGCAAAGCCUCAGUAUUGUGCGAACUUGGGUAUGAAGGUGAACGCGAAACUCGGAGGCGUUAAUGUUCACCUUGAGCCCAAGUCUUUUCCACUUGGAAACAUCCCUACCAUUAUCCUCGGCGGUGAUGUGUAUCACCCUGCUAGAGGAGGCUCUGGUGCUUCCAUUGGAUCAAUGGUUGGCAGUAUUGAUCUUCAUGGCUGUAAAUAUACAGCCAUGUCCCGCGCUCAAAACCGCAACCAGGAAAUGAUUCAAGGAAUGAAAGACAUGGUUGUCUACUUCUUACAAGGUUUCCGCCAUAUCACGAAGAAGGAACCUGCACAAAUUAUUUAUUUCCGUGAUGGCGUUUCUGACGGUCAAUUUAAGCAAGUCGUUGAUGAGGAGCUUGCGGAAAUUAAGCAAGCCUGCUACUUUCUCUCUCCAAAGUACAAGCCUAGAAUUUUAGUAUGUUCUACGCAAAAGCGUCAUCACGCUCGUUUCUUCGUUAAAAAACCUCAAGAUGGUGACCGUAAUGGUAAUCCUAAGCCUGGUACUAUUGUGGAAAAGGUGGUUACACAUCCUUUUGAGUACGACUUUUACCUUGUGUCACAUCCUUCUUUGCAAGGUGUUUCGGUGCCCAUUCAUUAUACUGUCUUGUAUGAUGAAAUUAAAAUGCCUCCUGAUCAAUUCCAGUCAUUGUGCUACAACUUGUGCUAUGUCUAUGCCCGUGCGACAACUGCUGUCUCUCUUGUGCCACCUGUUUACUAUGCUCACUUGCUUAGCAACAUGGCUCGUUUCCAAGAUGAUACUGCUAAAGAUGAUGCCAGCAGUGUUGCCUCUGGAGCCACGGAACCUGAAGAGGUGAAACCCUUAAGAAAGGUUGCUCCUUCGCUAAAGACGAAGAUGUGGUUCAUGUGAUGGCGUUUACUUAACGGAACAUUUCAUAUAUACCCUUUGCUUAACAGUGUAUUUCAUGUUUUUGAUUUAGUGAUCUUUAAAUAAUUCAGUAUUAUUGAUUUAAACGAACAUAAUGCCGUAUACGAAUGUUAAUCUCUCCAUUUAGCUGUAGA